CGCCCGUUGUGCAGCGCAAAACAACAAAACGCAGACAGCUAGAACAAGAAGAUCGUGAAAAACAAGCAGAAACAACUGGGAAUGUGAACAAUAUCGGUUCCGCAUCCAUAACAUUAUGGAUUUUACUAAUCUGCAACUAAAGUAGUGCGUUGUUUACAUUUUGUUACGUUUCUCUCACACCAUCUUCCUCUGCGCCGAGCGAUUCGACCUCUGGGAAAGAGCUCAGCCUCGAUAUCCUAACCGUAUCUGGGCGUGGGCGAAAAAAAUACGGUGCAUCUCUUCCUCCAAUAAUGACCACGCUUCCAGUCGCUUCCGCUACCAUGGCUGAUGAGUUGUGGCGUGAUUGCGCGGCCUGGCUGACCCGCUGCAACAUCAUUCCGAAUGACCACCGUGCUAAUCAUCCGAACUCGGACAUCAAAGUGCUCGCUACCAUCCUGCGCGAUGGGGUGCUGCUGUGCAAUUUGGUCAACCUAUUUGACCCAUCGUCAUUCGACAGGAAAGAUUUCAACAGGAAGCCCCAGAUGGCUCACUUUCUUUGCAUACAAAACAUAAAACUGUUCCUGGAAGCAUGCAAAACAAACUUCGGGCUGAAGGAAGCCGAUCUGUUCGAACCGACGAUGCUGUACGACCUAACAAACUUUCAUCGGGUGCUCCUGACUCUCUCUAAGUUGUCAACAUGCAGAAAGGUGCAAACUUCGCACAACAUACCUGGUUUCGCUCCACACUCUGUGCAGGCGGAGAGAACUAGUUUAGAUGAUGAUAUCUACAAAGAUCUACAUGCAAGUCAAAAUUUGUUGGAUUCUGAAAUAGGAUGCGAUAAUAAGGAGAUCGUGCUAAUAAAUGGUUCGCUGCCUUGCUGUAAUCAAGAAAGCACGUACUACGAUCAUUACAACGAACUAACAAACUAUCCGGAUUGUUGCGCUCGUGACGAAGAAAAAAUCUAUGAAGAUCUUUGCUAUGUUACCUUCUCCUCAACUUUGCCACAGUUAGCUUCAUCUACCAACAACCUAGAGCAGCGAGACUUUGUAAUUAAGGAGCUGCUCGAUACGGAGAAAAACUAUCUGGAAGCCUUGAAUGCAUUGAAAUACGUCUUUAUGCAGCCGCUAGAGAAACUGCUUUCCAAAGAAGAGAUACGCGCAAUUUUUCCUUGCAUAAGAGAGCUGGUGGAAAUUCAUAACAAGUUUCUGGAUCGUCUGCAUGAGGCCGUCUGUCCGGGUUCCAAGCUCAAACUAAGCACAACGUUCCUCGAAUUCAGAGAACCUUUUUUAAUAUAUGGUGAAUACUGUUCCAGCAUGACCAGCGCGGUCGAAACAUUGCGGGAAGUGUGUAAAAAAUCCAACACAGUCGAACAGACCGUUAUGCAAAGCCAAAAAGAGCAUAGCGAUGGAAGAUUGCAGCUACGAGACAUAUUGUCUGUUCCAAUGCAACGAAUUUUAAAGUAUCAUUUAUUGUUAGACAAGCUUGUACAAGAAACAGUGCCAACACAUGAAGAUUUUCGAGGACUAGAAAGGGCCAAAGAAGCGAUGGUUGAUGUUGCACAGUAUUCGAAUGAAGUGAAGCGAGACUCGGAACAUCUUAUAGUAAUACAAAAAGUUAAGGAAAGUAUUUCAGAUCUGAAUCUACCAAACGGAAACAACCUUGAACAGUACGGACGAUUGCUUCUCGACGGCGAUCUUAACAUAAAAGCGCACGAAGAUCAGAAAAUGAAGCAUCGAUAUGCUUUCGUUUUUGAAAAAGUGAUGAUACUGGUGAAGAAUUCGAAUUCCAAGAUAGGGGAAGCACAAUAUUCUUUCCGAGAGGCACACAAUUUGCUUGAUUAUAGGAUAGAAAUACUAAACUCUCGCCGUACAUUGGGUCGCGAUGGACGUUUAAAGUAUUCUCUACUAUUAGCACGCAAAACCCAAGCUACUGCAUUUACACUUUAUAUGAAAACAGAAGAAGAGCGAGAAAAAUGGAAAAGAGCUUUCGAAACAGCCAUGGAAACUUUGGAACCCGUGGGAUGUAAGAAUACUGAUCACAAAUUCGUCAUACACACGUUCGAUACGCCUGUCAUCUGUCGCCAUUGUUCCAAGUUCCUGAAAGGCAAAAUACACCAAGGGUAUCGUUGCAAGGUAUGCGAAAUAAUAGUACACCGUGGUUGUAUUUCAUCAACUGGCCGUUGCAAACAACUGCAACAAACGCCGCCACCGGUAUGCGAUCGCUUGCUUUCGGAGUUCAACUGGUUCGUUGGUACUAUGAAUCGGGAUUCAGCUACCCAGCGGUUAGAGAACAAAAAGAUUGGAACUUAUCUGCUACGCGUCCGUCCGCAAGGUGCCUCCCAUGAAAGUGAAACAAUAUAUGCGCUUAGUCUGAAAACCGACAAGAAAAUAAUCAAACACAUGAAAAUUUAUCAGAAGAAAGAGCCUCAGAACGUGUUUUACUAUCUUUCUACAAGGAGAUAUUUUAAAACCAUCAUCGAGCUGGUUUCCUUUUACGAACGUAAUGAUUUGGGUGAAAAUUUUGCUGGCUUGAAUCAACUUCUCCAAUGGCCUUUCAAAGAGGAAAUCGUCAUAGCCAUUUAUGACUUUGCACCCAAUGAGCUUAACCAACUCCCGAUGCGACAAGGCUGUCAGGUGAUUGUAAUCGGAAAGGAAGGAGACAGUAAAGGCUGGUGGCGUGGUAAAACUUUGGAAAAGGUUGGAUUUUUCCCCAAAGAAUAUGUGAGGCCAGCGGUAAUCGGUGAGGUAUAAAUGAUCUAUAUAGCAAAGCAAAUAUCAUCGCAAAUGUAUUCCACUUAUGCUUUAUAUGUAAUAGAAAGAAAUCGAUGAGUCCCUCGCGUUCAUUGACUUUCAGGGGGGAAAACAAUGUUGAAUGUCUUGAAUUGUAUUCAAGUAAAUGUUUUAAUUAGAAUCUGUGCGCAAACGAAACGAGGAAAAGCUUCUUUCAAUACAAGUGCGAGUUUGAUACAAACAAACCAAAACAACCACUCACACACACACACAAAUUAACAACAGGCUUAUUCGAAUAGGGCCACUGUAGUGAAAAGUUAACAAGGAAGUUGUGUUCCUGGUGUGGUUGUCAGUUCGUCAUGUUGGUUUUUAAUUGUAAAAGGGUGAUUUUAACAUAUUUUAAAUAUGAAGCAACAACGGUAACAUUGAGUAGCUGAUAGAAAAUGUGCUUUGAACACGGAACAGUGUUGAAAAUGUGAAACAUUGCAUAGAAUAUAAUUAACGAUUGUCCGCGUACGGUAGGUUCUCGCCAUGCGCGUUACUCAAGAUACGCGCAUUCGCAGCUCGCGGAUGUUUGAAAACUGACAGUUGAUUGUUGUUUUUACUAAAAAAAAUAUAUAUUAAACUUUCGUAAGUUGGCAACAACACUGUUAUAAUAUAGCUUUAUAAAGUUUUUGUUUUCAUAUUAGAUCGAAAUUUUAUUAGUUUUGAACCUCAAACAAACAUGAAUUCUUAGGUCAGUUUCCGACUUACUCGAGUUACGCGGGUUCGUGGAUACGCACGGAAUUCCGGAAAGCCUGCCUGUGAGUGGACAGCAUUAACUAAUUUCAACAGGCUAAUAAUUUCAAGUUUUAAAGAAUUGUCGAAAGUGAAUAUACACGGUUUCGUUCGGUUCAUGGUUUGGUAGCGUGUACUGGGAACUAUCUGUAUUUAUGUAAAUGUGCUUUCACUGUUUGAUGUGCAAAAAAAAAGAUGUUUUACAAAAGCGUGAUUCCUUCGAACAGAAAUGCAAAUGAACUUUUAUGUACCCCGGCAUUAAAGUUGGAUGUCCAAAUUUUGGUCGUAUUUUUUCCGUAAAUGAACGGAAAUAUUAAAUCCAUACAAUAGCUGUUAAUAAUGAAUAUCGUUCGUCAGUGGGCGUAAACACGCUGAUUGUUUUUUUAAAUAAAUUUUGUCUAGGUGGAAUGAUUGUUCAUGUACCCAGAA